GUGUGUGUGUGUGUGUGUGUGUAUGUGUGUAUGUGUGUGUACUCCAGGGAGGGAAUACAGUGGGAGGCAAUUGACUGGAUGGACAACGCUGAAUGCCUGGAUCUUAUUGAAAAGAAACUGGGCUUACUGGCUCUGGUCAAUGAGGAGAGUCGUUUCCCCAAAGGCACCGACUACACACUGCUGGAGAAAUUACACAGCAGGCAUGCUACAAAUCCAUAUUACAUCAAGCCCAGAGUUACAGACCACCAGUUUGGAAUCAAACACUAUGCUGGAGAGGUUCUGUAUGAUGUGAGAGGUGUUCUGGAGAAGAACCGAGACACUUUCAGAGACGACAUUCUCAACAUGUUGAAGGACAGCAAGUUGGACUUUAUCUAUGAUCUGUUUGAGUAUGUGGGCAGCAGGAAUGGAGAUGACACACUUAAGAUGGGAACAAAUCGGCGCAAGCCAACCGUCAGCUCUCAGUUCAGGGACUCUCUUCAUGCACUAAUGGCUACUUUAAGUGCCUCUAAUCCUUUCUUUGUGCGCUGCAUUAAACCCAACAUGGAGAAGCACGCUAAUAAGUUUGACCCGGAAGUGGUUCUGAACCAGCUGCAGUACUCUGGCAUGUUGGAGACAGUGAAGAUCCGCAGAGCUGGGUUCCCUGUACGCAGAACCUUCAGUGACUUUCUCCACCGCUACUGUGAGCUUCUGAGAGCUAAAAGGAUCACAGAUGGAGAAGACCGGAGAAAAUGUAACGAUCUCCUCACAGUGUUUGAUACGUCCAAGAAAGAGUGGCAAGUUGGAAAGACAAAG